AUGAAAUCAACAUGGCGCGUUUACGAUUUCCAGGCCGUCCUGGAUGUAGAUUCGAUCGACUGGGAGUGCGCUAUGGUGCUGAUGAGGCCAGAAACACCAACGAUCCUCUUACAUUAUUUGUAGCAAACAUUCACCGUGGAUUGCGAUUGUUUAGAGAACUUGUUGGUGAUUCGGAUGAGGAUGAUGAAUUUGAAGGCUUUACCAAAGAGGAAGUCCGACUUUCAGAAAAAAAAUUACAAAAGGAGUUGGCCAAAUAUAGGAGAGAACAGGAGAGUGAUAUUACCUCACCAGUUUCACCCCAGUUUGGCACAAGGUUGUCGAAACAGAGAGAAAGCUUGGAAAAUCUACCCUCUGCAGAAUGCACAAGGAAUCGAAAGUCUACACUCAUCAGAAAAUCGUACAAAGAAAUGAUCAAUCAAGGUCUUGGAACACCAUCAAAGUCGUAUGUUGUCAAAAAAGCAAAAGACUCAGCAUCUGCAAGAAGUGAGGCACGGAAAGAGUUGAAGAAAUGGCAGAAGGACAGAAAAUCUACAGAAUCAAAUCAAGAAAAAGCCCACAAAAAAUUCAAAAUACGACUGGAUCCUCAGGGUAAAGUGAGGAAAAUCAGUAACAAGAGACGACGGCCCUCGAAAUUUGAUGAUUCAGAUUCUGAUGACGAAGAUAAACCUUUAAUAGUGGAUGAAAUUGAAGAAAAGGGGUCUACUGAGAAAGGAAAAAAGAAAGUGAAAGAGAAAGACAAGUUUUCAGCUGUAGGAAAGGCAAAGCAGUUAUUGCAGAAAGCAAAGACAUGUAAAAAAGAUAAAGUGUCUCCAGAACAAGCCAAAAAGAAGAAGGUUUCUGCCAGAAAACAGUUUGUUUUGCCGGUGCUCAGUUCUAGGUCAUCUCGUGUGAUCAUUCCAAACAAAAGAUUCAUCGAAGAAGACAGUGAAAAUCUGGGAAAAUCUUUCGUGAAGCGUCCGGCACUGAAAACGGACCAGUCACCAAAACCAGCAGCGAUGGAACCAAAAUUACUAUCUGAGACUGGUUUAUUUGCUAAUGCAUCAACCAAGCUGCAGAUUGAAACAGAAAAACUGCCAUCAUUACCAAUAUCAAGUUUGUCUCCAUCUGGAAUUGUGAAGCCCAAUUUUGAGGCUUUGACAGGAAUCGGUGGAUUCCCCUCACCUUUGUACGAUCAGCCGUUGAUCGUGGAAGGGAAGCGAGCCAGAAAGCCAAGCUUAAAGGUUCGAAUGAAAAUGUCUGAUUCCUCGUAUAAAAAAUUCAAGGAAAGGUCUUUAGAGAAGAAGUUAGAAGCCCGCAAAAUCCUCGAGCAGGAGAAAGUGAAACAGAAAGAACAAGACUACGCACACGAGGGCAAAAAGUUAUUUUUAUCGCCUUCCAAAUUAGGUGCCACAUUAACACCCAAGUUACCUACGAUACCAAUCAUGGCACCACCAAAGUUUGGAGUGGCACCAUUUUCAUCCAUUUCAGAACGAGAGCGUUUGGAGAAACUAGAACGAGAAGCCCUUGUGAAACGCAUGCGAGGGCACAACAUUUUACGUAAAGCCAAAUUUCAGCUGAAUCGCGCAGCAUUAAAUAGAUCUAAAGCUGAUUUGGCCCGAACAUUGAAAAAGGAAUUAAAAAUGGAAGCCAAAUUACAGAAAAUUCAAGAGAGUCACAAAAAUAAAUUGGUAUCCACUGCUUCAGGGGUUAGGUUGGAGCAGGAUGUUGGGGAUGAUGGUUCCACUAAUAAAGUGUACAUCUGCUGCAUUUGUGACAAAGGAAUGGCUGCUCCUAGAAGGAGAAGUGGGGUGUUAACCUGUGAGAGCUGUAGGAGGUUUUUCCAGGUUCACACUGAAAAAAUUAAUCAGAACCAAGCUUUGACAUGUGCAACGCGGUCAUGUAGGAUUCAUUAUAAGGAGAAACCAAUCUGCGAAGAUUGUCGCUACAACAAAUGUCUGAAAUUCUUCAAUUUGGGAGACAGAAAAGCUCCAAGCAGCAAUGACCAAACUGUAGGGCCCAGUGAUGUUACAAAGGAGAUUCAUGUUGCUAUUCCUCAAAUCACUGUCUCAUCAGCAUCGCCGGGUACAAGUGCACAAAUGAGUUCUCCACUGGGUUCUCUAAAAUCUCCCUCCUCAUUGCUGUCCCCAAUGGCUGCUUCCUCUCCUCCAGUCACCACGACAACCAGCUCUCCGGAAACGGAUGACUCCCCAAAAUCUGAUGGCAGGGGACCCAGAAUCAAGCAUGUGUGUCGAAAGGCAGCAGUGGUCCUUGGAAAACCAGUCGCCAAAUUUCCCAAAUCUCCCGAGAUUACACUUAGUGCACUGCCAAGUGGGGAAAAGGUCAAAUUAUGGAAGAAGGAUCAAGAGGACAAGAAAGAAUUGUCGGAUGAUGAACUGCCAAUGGAGGACAUCAUACAGCAAUCGGAGGACAACCCUCAAUCUGUCAAGAAGACGCCAGUCCGUUCCCCGCUAAAAGUUUACCGAGGUGGUCGCUACGGAAAACGAAAGAUCCGCUGCAAGAAAUGUGAGGGCUGUACCUCGGAAGAUUGUGGUGUUUGCAAUUAUUGUCUCGAUAAGCCCAAGUUUGGAGGGAGAGGAGUCAUGAAGCAGGCAUGCAUACAAAGACGCUGUAAAUACCCCCGCUAUAGUCGCUUGGGGCCUGGUGCUCAGAUGAGGGCCAGGGAGUCGGACAAUCAGAGUGAAGGGUCAGCAUCCAGUCCUUAUAAGGACACCUCCUCACCUGGCCCGACACAGCAAGGUCAGUAUUGACUAUCUCAAAAUGAUACCUCGAAAGGAACAUCAAAUAGAAACUCCUCUCUCAGUGUUAUUCAAAGAAUGGCAUUACAAGGAAAAAGACUUGUCAAUGCCAAUAAACUCAAUAAUGACAAAUCAAGUCAACCUUUCUCUGAAGUCCUCACCCCAGAGGACGUUAGCAGGCGACUUUGGCAAGAAUUUGGACAUGCCCCACAAGUUUCAUUUCCAAAGUUUCAGUCCUCUUCAUUUGGAGAAGGCACCAGAUCUCAAAAUUCUACUCAACCCAAGAGAAUGAUCACUAAGUUCAAGGGACCCGAGGUUAAAUCAGACACCAUGAUAUUGCACUCUGUGACUACAGCUGGAGGGUGGUCAGCUCAGGGCAUUACACAACACCGGAUCAAAGCAGAGUAUAGGGAGAAUUUUGAGUUGACCAGUGUGUGGUAUAGUGGAGUCUCGUUAACAGUCUCAGGUCCAAUGUGUGUUCGCGUCAUCUGUUUUCUGUGUGGAAGUGCUGGAAAACAUGAGAUGUUGUACUGUAACGUAUGUUGUGAACCAUUCCAUGAGUUUUGUUUGGAGGAGGAGGAGAGACCUCAUGAGAUUAACCCUGACAACUGGUGCUGCAAGAGAUGCCAGUUCUGUAAUGUCUGUGGGCGACAAAACAAUCUAUUGCAAUGUGACAAGUGUCAGAAUACCUAUCAUCCAGAAUGCCUGGGUCCAAACUAUCCAACGAAACCUUCAAAGAAGAAAAACAUCUGGAUAUGUACAAAGUGUGUGAAGUGUAAGAGUUGCGGGGCCACCACACCAGGCUCAGGAUCAGCAGCAACAUGGACAUACGACUUCCAGCUGUGUUAUGAAUGUGGUCAACUGAUGGACAAAGGAAAUUAUUGCCCCAUUUGUCACAAAUGCUACACAGAUGAUGACUGGGACAGUAAGAUGGUUCAGUGUGUGUCGUGUGAGAGCUGGGUCCAUGCCAGGUGUGAAGGACUCUCAGAUGAAAUGUAUGAGCGUGUGUCCGUCCUCCCAGAAGAUGUACAUUACAUCUGUAAGAUCUGUUCCCCGAAGGGACCCAGGCACUGGGAGUUAGUUCUGAAAGACUCAUUUAUGGACGGUCUGAAGUCUGUCUUUAACACGGUCACUCAGGCCAAGUGUGCCCAGCACCUGUUACACAUAGAUGAGAAGAAAGCAAAGGAGCUAGAAGAUAAACUAAAUGAAGAGAAAUAUGGAAGUGCAUUGAAAACCACCAUUGAGUUAGAAAAAAGCCUUGAAAACUUUGUGAAUUCUCUGGAAAAAGUCUUAAAAAGUAAGAACAAAGCUGGUGCCAUUGAGCAACAACAAGAAGCUGAAGAAAAAAACACAGAGAAAGGACCCUCUGUGGUAGAGCUGGUGGAUGGGGACAAAAAGAAUGAAAAGCCAGUGGAGGAUAAUGAUAAGGACGACAGUUUGAUUCGAUUUGAAGGGGAUGAAGAUUUAGAUGAAACCAAGUCCUCGAAUGGGGAACAACAAUCCGAUGUGGAAAUGACCGAGGUCUUAAACGAUAGUGACACAAUCUCAAUAGCUGAUGGAGAGACACUGUCUGCAGUGACCACACCUGGUGUUUCAAGGGGGGUCACUCCAGCAGGAUCCCCCGAGGCUGGGUCAGAGGGGAUGGAGGAAUUACCUCCCCCUCCUGAAGUUUCUGAAGACCUGCCUCAAAAGUUAAGAGAUGUAGAAGCUGGUGUAGAAAGUGGAACUAUGGAGAAUAUUCCUAAAAUCACUAUGCUUCUAAGUGAAGAAAAAGAUGAAGUGGAUGGUUCAAAGAAAGAAAACUGUGAGGCAGUUGUGAGUACUGUUGAUAGUAAAGAGAGAGAACAGACAGACGUGCCAAUUUCUGUUGAUGUUGAAAUGGAGGACAAAACUGAAUCUCAUUCUAAUGUCUGUGAUAAUGAAAAUUCUGCAACCAGUCCGAAAUUACCAAGUGACGAUCAAAAUAUUAACUUACUAGACAAGGAAAUCAAGCAAGAGCAAAUCGAGGAAAAUUUGCAAGGUAAUUCAAGCGAAGGACAAAGUGCGACAAAGACAACUAAUGAUGUCGUUGAUUUAACUGUGGAGAAGAGUGUAUCUUUCUUGUUAUCAACUCCAACCAAAGGUUUGAUCACACCAAAAAAGUGUUCUUCUAUGACAGACAAUCGAUUUUUACCUGGAUUCAUUAGAGCUUACCCAAAAGACUUCAAUGCAGUGAAAAUUAAAUUAAUUAACGAGGAGUAUUCAUCAGUGAAUGAAUUCAGUGAGGACAUGGCUCACAUCAUCAAUCUAGCUUUAAAUGACCCAGACGAAGUGAAACUGGUGAGAAAGAAAGCAACCAAUUCUGUCCGCUCCAUGUUUGUAAAGCAAAUGGAAAAAUGUUUCCCAUGGUUCAAUGUGAAAGCCUGUCAGAUUUGGGAUCAAAACCAGAAUUUUCCACCGGGUAUGUUACAUUUAUGCAAUUACCUUUUUGAGGACCACACUUUUGCUCAAUGGUUCAAAUGGCUUUUGCUACAACCCUCACCAUUCAAAAGAGUGGGAAACACCCCCAUCAAGAAAAUCAUACCUCUACCCAUUGAUGAAGACGCAGAAAAAGUCUUGUCAUGUGACUUGGAGGAAUCCGGUGAAGACAUUAGACGAUGCAUUCUCUGUUGGCACUAUGGAGAUUCUGAUCCUAAUGAUGCUGGGCGACUACUGUAUGUUGGUCAAGAUGAUUGGGUACAUGUGAACUGUGCUUUGUGGUCAGCGGAAGUGUACGAAGAAGAGCAUGAUGGGACAUUACAGAAUGUUCAGACAGCUCUGUCAAGAGGGAGAGUCAUGCGCUGUGACAGUUGCCAGCGGGCGGGAGCUACAGUGGGGUGUUGUACAAGAGGCUGCCCUGCUAACUACCACUUCAUGUGUGCUCGUCAGGAACUCUGUCUCUUCCAGGAGGACAAGAAGGUGUUCUGUCCUCAGCACAGAGAGAAGGUGGAUGGAGAGCUGGUUGCUAAGGAGAAGUUUGCAGUCAACAGAAGAGUAUGUGUGUCAAUGGAAGAUCUCAAAUUUAAUAAGAAAACCUGGUCAAAAGGCUUGGAUCCAUCCAACAUCAGUGUCAUUAUUGGUUCUUGUACUGUUGAAGAAUUAGGCAGAUUAUCACCUAUCUCUGAUACUAAAGAACUACUUUUACCCAUUGAAUUCAGUUGUACUCGGGUGUUUUGGAGCACACAGGACAUCAGAAAGCGAUGUGUCUACACGUGUCAGAUCAUAGAAGUAAAACCAGACAGUCCAAAAGGUGCCUCCAUGGUGAUUAAGGACACCACCAUUAUCCAUGAUGAAACUCAUCCGGAUUUUGUGCCCCUGUCUCAGAUCAACCUGCCAGGGAUUAACCUCUUCCCUGAGAAAAGGUCAAGGACAGAGAGUCUCGAGAUAAGUCACCUCAGCAGUGAGUCAGGGUUUUCCAAGAGCUUUGAUUCAUCGGGUGAUUGUGAAAUACUCAAUAGCACCAUGAAUGUCAGUCAGAACGUUAGUGAUUUUGACAAUAGCAAAGAUUCUUUGAGUUCCUCUUGGCCAAUUGUGAGAAAGCGGAAAAAAAGUGAUUCGUGUGUGAAUCUUGGUGUACUUUCACCUAAUACUCUUAAGCUCUUGAACUUGAAAGAUCCUGAGAAAUUCCAACAGACAGCAAAGCCAUGUAAAAAGGAUAAAGAGGAUUUUGAAACUUUGAUCAAAAUUGCUGACAGAUUAAAUAUGGCAGCCGUUGGGAAGAAAGACAAGGCCAAAGCCUUCCCUCAGAGACAGAGGUCAAGGUCGGUGGAUCGUCUGUUGUCUCCACCACCUGUUCGGUUUUCCCCAUCAUUUAGGUCUGAAGGUCAUCAGAGUGCUGGGAACUCGAGAUCUAAUUCCAGAGCAAAUUCAGAGGAAAGAACAUUUUCUCCAAUACCUACCAUGUCCUUAGAAAAACAACUGGCUAUGAACAAAGAAGUGACGUCAGUGAAGCCUCUUAUUGACAAUAACUGUAACUCCCAGGUGACUGAUCUGAAUAAAGCAGACGUUACGGGAGAAAUUGCAGAAGAUAGAUCAUCACAAGGACCAGAAGGGGGCCUGGAGCCCAUUAAUGAAGAAGGAAACCCUGAAGCAGAUCUUUCAAAUGAGACCUACGUUGUUCUACCAGAAGGUUGCUCUGAGCUUUCAGAUGAAGACAUGCAGAUGAUAGCCGAGGCAAUAGAAAGAAGUAGGCCUGAACAAGGCACUGAUGAAAGUAUGAUGUCAGUGGAAUCAACAGAGGAACCUAGUGGUAAAGUUGACAAGGAAAAAUCUGACAGAGAUGUAGAUAUUGAAGUGUCUGCAGCUGAAACAGAGUCAUCUUCAAAGGAAGUCCAGCAGAAUUUGUCAGGUACAACUGAUAGUGAGAAAGUAGUGGACGAGGCACCUGAAAGAAUGCAAAUUGACUCUUCCUCUGAAAAAGACGAUGUAAAAAUGGGAGUAGCUACAGAUAUUACAGAAACAACUGAAAAUGGAAAUCAAAUCCAUUCUACUGUGUGUACUGAUAGUAAAGGUUCCGAUUCAGAAUUAUUGGCAAAAACUGACAUUUUACCAAUGGCUUCCAAUGAUGAAAAAGGUUGUGAUAAAACAGAAUUGGUAAACCAAGUAAAAGAACCUCAAGAACAAAUGGACAUCUCCAAAGACUCAGAUAAAGCUAAACAAAGUACUCUCUCUGAUGUUAACACCACUAGCAAAGGUACAAGUAUUACGUCAGAACAGGAAGUUUGGAAACCAUCAACAUCUAACGUGUUUAGUGAGGAGUUAGGUUCCACAGAAGUUGAGGAGAAAGUUUCAGAAGGAGGAUCACAAUCAUGUCCUAUAGAUGUCUGUGAGGCUAGUAUAAAGAAAAUGGAAAUGGAAAUGGCUGUUGAUAUUUCCAAAGAGUCAGAAGUUAUGUCUAGUCUUGCAUCAAGUUCAAGAGAGAUAUAUGUUACUAAAGAUUCAUCAGAAAAUCUUGACAAAGUUGGUACACAGACUUCUGAUGAGUCAUUAAAAGGAGGUGCUAAUGUCCAAUCAAUGAGUCCACCUGCACUCCACUCAGUUCAGCAGAGGUCAGGAGAAAAUGUGAACAUUGGUACGACAAGAAGGGAUAAUAAAAUUCCUGUCUAUGGUCGUGAGGGCCAUCUUAUAGGAUACAGAACACCCAACAAAUCAAGUUUAGAACAUCAAGAACUUAGAAGGCUACAUCUCACUCGAAAGCCAACUUUUGAGGAAAUUUUGAACGAGGCUCAAAGACAAUUACUGGAAGAAAGAAAUAAAACACACUCCAAAAUGGAGGAAAUCAACAAAUUUCAGCCAAUUGAAUCUGCAGAAAAGAGUUGUAUUCCCGCCAGUGUUGGGAGCAUCAGUGAUAAACAAGAAGAUGAUCUACAUGAUGAUAUGGAACAUCAACCCGAGUCAGUGGAGAGCAAGUUAGAGAAGAGUGAGACAGGGGAGCAUAGGGAGAGCAAAACAGUUGAGGAUAAGACAGUGGAAAUGAAUGAGAGCCAGACAGCAGAGAGCAGGAUGAUAGAGAGCAAAACAGUGGAGAGUAAGGAGAGCGAAAUUGUAGACAGCAAGACAGAGGAGAGCAAAACGGAAGACAAUCUAAACAAAAGUUUGUCUAGUGAGAGAAAUAUAUUUGACAUAAUGUCUUCAAACACAGAGGAGCCUAAAGGUACAAUUUUGAAACUGACUGAUGCAAUUGAAACCAAUACAAACCCUGACACAGAGGAGAGGGAGACUGAAAUUCAGAAAGAAAACAUGGAUGGAAUUUCUGGACCAAAGGAUUCAUCAGAAAGUGAAAUACAAAUUCCCUCAAGGAGACAAUCCUCUGAAAGUGAUAAAGAUAGAAAUAUUUUUACUGCACUUGAAUCUUCAUUCAAUUCCAGUAAAGGACAUGACUCUUCAGAUAUUGAUGUGGGAUCUGUGCAAGAUAACUACAUUCCUGAUACAAGGACGGAAGAGGAGAAAAACAAUCUCUUUAAAGGUUUAGGAUUAGCUCGUACCCCAGAGGCUAAAAAAGCAAAAGCUGAGUUGAAGAAAACUCCAGUCAAAAGUUACCCUCUCCGUCGGCGAAGUGCACAGGGUGGGACUGCAUCAGAAGACAAGAAAAAUGAUCUGCCAUUACAUGAUCAAAUUGCUCAGAAAAUCAAAGCAGAAAGCUUAGCCAAGAGCAGUCCUGGGGAUAAAGGCCCAUUUAAAUGCCCUACGUGUAAGAGACUCUAUCGCACAGUGGAGAGCUUUGAUACUCAUGUGGAGACUUGUGAUUUUGAGGUCAGUACAAGUGAUGAAGAGGAAGAAAGUGAGAAUGAGGGAGGGACCAGAAAGUACUCCAUGAGGCAGACGACGGUUGUCAAAAAGGUUGUAAUGGAGAUUGAGCAAAAGGAAAGGGAAUCUGAAAGUGCAGCAAGGAAAGAAAAGAUCCUUUCAACGAAGCCCUUAUACAAAAAACCCAGGCUGAUUCUGCACAAAUUGUCACCAAGGAAGAUUCAACAGGGGAAUAUAAAGCUGUCACCAAGGAAAAGAGGAAGACCCCCUAAAACUGAGAGUAAAGAUGUUUCUGUGAAAUCUGAAUUGAAGGGCCAGAAACGUUUGCUUUCAUCCGAUGAUGAGAAAAGCGGAACUGAAAAUGAAAGAAAGAGAAGAAUUUCAAGACAUUCCUCAGGAGGCAGUGUAUCAUCAGUCAGGCACAGCAGAAGUUUAUCUGGUGGAGUGAAAAUGGUGGAAGAUGUUAAGGUUGAAGAGGAUGAUGCUUCUCCAAAAAGAGGAAGAGGUAGACCCAGAACAAUUGCUCUCUCUGAUGAAGAUAAGAAGAAGGAAAUAAAAUCUGCUGUAAAGGAGCAAAGUGAAGAGAGUGAUUUAAACCGAUCCAUAUCUCCAAAGAGGGGAAGAGGAAGACCAAGGAGAAGUUCUCUACUGUCUGAAGAAGACAUCAAACAGGAGAUAAUCUCUGAUGAGUUGAACAUUAAAGAAGAAUCUAUGUCUGAAGAAUCUCCAAAAUCAACAAGAGGUAGAGGGAGGCCUAAGAAGAAAUCAUCGGGUUCAGAUGAUGUGUCUUCAAGCAGUAAAAGUCAAACAAGGAGUACAAGACAAGCAUCUAGUGAGCAUGUGAGCAAUGAGAGUAGUGCCGUUUCUCCCAAAACUCAUAAACGUAAUCAAGAUAGAACUUCCAGUGGAUCAGGAAAGGAGGAAGAAUUCUCUGGAAGAUCAAGAAAGGGUCUUGUCACUAGUAGUGAUACUCUAAACAGGGAAACAAGGCUUAAAGAUAAGACAGCUCUUACAAAUGGAAGACCAGUUAGGUUGAAGAAGAAGGUCAAUUUGGAAUAUCCAGGAUUGUCUUCCUUAGCUUCCAAAAGAAAUGCCAUUUUGUCCAGAAAAAUUCACUCCUUGAGGGACAGCAGAAUCAAACAGCAGAAAUUGAAACAAGUGAUAUCCAUGCAAGGAAAGAAACUGGAAAGAAUUGUUAAUGAAAAUGGAGUAAAAAGGGGAAGAGGCCGGCCACGAAAAUAUGAAGUAGAAAAAACAAGGAAAUCAGAAGAUGUGCAGAGUAAGGAAAAGAAAAAUGAAAGAAGAAAUACUGAUGCUCAUGAAAAGAAGGAUGACACAGAAAAAGAGAAAAAAGAACCAAAAGAUGCAAAGGACAGUAAAAUGUCAGAUAAGGAUGAAGAAAAUAAUAAGAAGGAAAAUCUUAAGGAAACAAAAGAGACACCAGGUAAAGAUGUGAAUACUGAAUCAAGCAAGAGGCAGAUAGCCAAGAAACGUAAGAGUAAAACUGACAUUGAAAACUCAAUUCUCAAUGUGAUUCAGCAGUCAAAUACGUCAACUUUGCUGAAGUGUCCUGUGCAGCAAGUAACAACUAUAACUGAUUCAGAAAUUAUCACUAUAAAUGAUGAAACAUCAGAGGAUGAAGUGAUCUUUUGUGAGAAAACGGGAGAUUUCCUGUCCAGGGGUGAAAAAAAUGCUGCCAAAAGUUGUGAAACCCAGUGUGAUUUUGAUAGUGAUUUGUCACCUCUUAAAACUGAUAUUAGUGUUGUGAGCACAUCAAGUAGUUCACAGAUCUCAUCAACAUCAAAAAAUGUUCAGGCAGGAAAUCAGAAAAGUCCUUCCAAAUCAGAAACUGUCAGGGAAAAAACUUCUUCCAUGCAAGAAACGGUAUCAAAAUCUACUCCGGCAUCUUUAAGUGAAAAACAAAAAGAUGCACUUGAACCAGAUAAAAAUGAAAAAACCAAAAUGACGGAAAAAGCACCAGAAAUUCACAUGAACAAAGGGAAAGAAACUCCUAUAGAAGAUUUAGAGAAGGACACAUCUAAUGAAGAUUUAGGAAAGAAAACAUCAACAGAAAAAUUUGUGGAUCAAAUUAUGAAUGACCCUGCCAUUAAGCAGUUGACACCUGUUGAACUUUUAGAACUACAGAACAAAGUCACUGAUAAAAAAGUGGAUUUUUCUGCUCCAAGCAAGGUGGAUACAGAAGCCACAAUCAAAACCAUAAAAGAAUUUUUGAAAAAGAAAAUAGAAGAAGGAACCAACAAGACCCUGUAUGUGACAGAUGCUGGAAAUGUAGAAACUCAAGGCCAAAGUUCAUCUGAACAGAAGAGUUUCUCUGAGCCAGUCUCUGUGAUGAAAAUAAACCUGCCCUCAAGUGUGACUCCUCAAGACAUUAAGAAAAUUAUCGAGGCUCAUAAGAGAGCCACUGGAACUCUCGGGAAGUCAGAGAGCAGUAUAGGCAUAACACCUAUAUCUAGAUCCUCACCCUUACAGUCUCUGAUGAGUCAGUCUACAACAUCUAUGUUAAGUUCCAAAUCCACUUCCCCACAGUUCUGCCAAGCACAAUCACAGCAAGUCAAUCCAACAGUACAAACAAGUACGGUUUCUCCAAACCCUGUGAUGCCACAGAGCUUUGGAAUAACAGCUUCUCCCAUGUCUGCAGCAAAUGCUCUUCUAGCAGCAGCUAAUGCCAUCACUCCCUCUUCCAAUCCAAUACUCCCAUCACCCUCUCCCAUGAUGUCACCCCAAAAUGCCAUCAUGCCCUCUCCAAACACAGUGAUCUCACAGUCACCCCCGAAUCUUCCAGCCCUUAAUCAGUUGCUACCAUCUCAUCCACCUGCCAUCCAGCCUGCAGCUAUAAUAUCUCAGAGUGCAAUUUUACCUGUGGGACAGCAGUUGUCGAUGAUGUCUCCAAGUGCCAUACUGCCCCAACAGCAGACUCCAUUGGUCACAGGUGGUAUUCAGGGACCAUUGUAUUCUGUCAGCAAUAGCACUCCAGGGUAUCAAGCCAUAUCUCCAGCAAUCAUGACCGUCCCAGAACCACCCAAGACUUACCUGCUUCCCCCAAAUCAGAACUUAAUAACUGUGCCACAAAGUCAGAAUAUAUUGAAUGUUCCUCAGAGUCAACUGAUGACACCAAACAUUCCUCAACAGUUGGACAGUUACAUGCUUUCACUUGUGAACAAUUCUGGGAUCCGAGUCAGCCAGAGUUUACUUAAUGCUGGUGUUUCUCCAGUGAUGAACAGUACACAAUUCGUGCAGAGUGUUCCGCAGGUGCAGAACAUUACACCACUUCAAAAUAUUCCACAUAUUAUUCAGAACAUGGGAUUUCAAAAUAGUACUCAGCAAGGAUUAUUGCAGACACAAUCAACAGCACAAAAUCAAGGACCAGCCAUUAAAACUGUACCUGUAAAUAGUCAGUUACAAUCAUUUGUUCGUCCAAGUACUUCUCUUGUUGCUAGCAAUCCUGUGCCAUCUGUUAGCCUCCCACCAUCAAAUCCAACAAUCGUUAGAGUAUUUGUAGAUGGAAAGCCAAUAGCUAUGACUACAGAUGCAUCUGUUCUGAAUGAUCCCACUUCAUUUUUAGCAAAAUUAGAUCCAACAGCUCUUCAAAGAGGGAGGUACAAUAUGUCUAUGACUUCCCAUCGGGUCACUUCAACAACAACCUUAACAGUGUCUACCACGGGCAAUACCACCAGUUUGAAAACUACCUGUUCUCCAACUACAGCAAACAAAGUAUUGACUGCUUUACUCAAGUCUCGUACUAAAGUGGUGUCUGAUUCAGCACUGCAUACUUCUGUGACAACAAAGACUCCUAGAGGCAGGCCAGUAAAAUCUACAAUCCCAUCUCCAAAAAAGACAAUCUUCCGAAAACUAACAAAACCACUUACCUCCACGAGCACAGUUUCAACAAUGGCAUGUCUGUCUUCUGGUCCGUCACUUUCAACCAGUUCAAUGGCUAUACAGGCAGCUCCACACACUAGACUUCCACCAGCUAUGGCACAGAACAGAAGCCUUUUACCAGCCUCAUUUAAAUCCCAGGGAGAAGAUACAAAAUCAGCAGCAAAAACAGUUCCAGUGAUGAAAAUUUCUAGCACACCAGAGAUGGUUUUGAAUAAACCAUACGUUGUUCGCAAGGCAGAUGGGACAAUAGUCAAGAAGAUCAUUAAAACUGCACCCAAAGAAGACUUUGCCAUUCAGCCAAAGGUCAUGAAGGCAAUAAUGAAGAAACUGGGAGGUGACAAAUCCCUUCCGAUUUUAGGGAAACAUGGCAAAGGUUACGAAAUGUUAUCUGUUCGAGUCAAGAGCAAGGCAGCUGUGAAAGCCAAGGAGAAGAGAAAGCGCCUUCGAAAGAGUCCUCAGAAAGUCCGAAUGGGACUUCCACAACCUUCAGGUACUUUGAGUCACCCCAUCAUACACCCCCACAAAGAGCUAAUGACCCUCCCUCAGCCUGCCCUUGAGGAAGAGGUGGAGGAGACUCCAUAUGGACAGUUUCAGCAGGAGCAGCAAGAGAAACAACUGGGAAAACACAAAAAGGAUGGGCCCAAAUUCCAGUUCAAGAUCUCAAGUGAUGAUGGCUUCUCCUGCAAAGGGGACUCCAUGGCAGAGGUUUGGCAGCAAGUUAUAGAGAGAGUUCAGGAUUUGCGAUCCUCAGCUAGAAUGAAGCAUCUGUCAUUUACAAGUUUGGAUCCUACCAGGUUGUUUGGCGUAAGUUAUAACCCAGUUGUCUACUUAGUGGAACAGUUGUUUGGGGCCCAGAACUGUCGGAACUACAACUUCAAAUACCAUCAGUAUGACAUGGCUGAUUUAGAAGAGGAACCAGCUGAAAACCCUUCAGGCUGCAUCAGAUCGGAGCCUUUUGAGUCAAGGAAACCCUUUGACAUUUUCAGCUUCCUCAUGUCUCAGUAUCGACACAUGCCUGGUACCUGUGACAGCAAAAAUGAUGUUGAGAUGGUUCACAAAUCAGCGAGACGAGCCACAAGCAUGGAUCUGCCCAUGGCUAUGAGAUUCAGGAAACUGAAGGAACAUUCAAGAGAAGCUGUUGGAGUUUACAGGUCCCCCAUACACGGCAGAGGGCUAUUCUGUAAGAGGAAUAUAGACGAGGGCGAGAUGGUGAUAGAGUAUGCAGGGGAGGUCAUCAGAGCUUCUUUGACGGACAAGAGGGAGAAGUACUAUGAAGGAAAGGGCAUUGGUUGUUACAUGUUUAGGAUAGAUGAUUUUGAUGUUAUUGAUGCCACGUUACAUGGAAGUGCUGCCCGUUUUAUAAACCACUCUUGUGAGCCAAACUGCUAUUCCAAGGUGAUAAAUGUGGACGGCAAGAAGCAUAUUGUGAUAUUUGCAAUGACAUCAAUAAAGAGAGGUGAAGAGCUUACCUAUGAUUACAAAUUCCCAAUAGAAGAGGUGAAGAUUCCUUGUACAUGUGGUGCUAAAAAGUGCCGCAGGUACCUCAACUAACGACUGUGAUAUUUAUCUUGAACCCAAGAGAUCAAACUGUUUUCCACUUACAAUAUAAUUGUAAGGGGAUUGUUGUAUGAUGGUAUAAUUUCCAUUUUUCUUGCUUGACUCCGGUGAAUUAAGAAUUCCAGCUGCUUGUUAAAAGUUUCGCACA